AUGCGGUGGAGUAUGGUGCCCUGGCAUCAAACAGCACCGAUCCUUACCAUCUUGGAUGCCGGCUGCCAACAGAAGCCGGAGCCUGGCGCCACGAUCUCUGUGGAAGGCUCUCCGUUCUCCAAGACUCGGGUCAACGUCACCGAACCAACGCCGACCAACACAUAUGUGUCGAACUACAACAACGGCCCUAUUAGCUUGGGCGGCAAGGUCGGCAUCGCCAUUGGAGGCAUCCUUCUUAUACUUGCCCUAGCGGGUUUCUGCAUAGUCUGGAACGGAAAGAGACGGCGCAGAGCAUUCUUGAAGAAGCUCGAGAUGAGGCAGCAGAGCGGCGGCCGCUCUGGCUGGCCUACGCCCCUCAACACCACCGGCAUCAGCGGUACUCCGCUCAGCCAGAAGCCUUUACGAAGCUGGGAUGACACCCCAAGCACCCAAGGACCUACGCGAGGUUGGGACGAAUCUCCCCUGAGUCCCCAGGGAGAGAAAGCUUUCCCAAGAUACUUCUCGCCGUACUCGUCCCAGUACAACAGCCCGGUCAGUGGCAAUGAGGCGCCGAGCAUGCAGUGGCCGGUGAACGACUCGGUUCCUCGGGGGCCACCACAGGAAAUUGGGAUCGCGCUCGGAGGUGAUGAUCCCCAGGGCAGCUGGAACGAUUCGAAAGGGAAAGAAAGGUCGGAGUCCUAUGAGCUGAGGGAAGUUGAGCCUGAUUGGGAAGCAAGGCAGAGGCACCCUAGCCCUCCUGUCCUACAGCAUCCAGGAUACCCAAGAUACGCGGAGCAUAACCCAGCAGCGUACCACGGCUUAACGGAAGAGGAUCUGAGGAGAGGUUUUGCAGUGUAA